ACUAUUAAAAGAAGAUAAAAGAGUUUCUUUUCUCACUUUUUCUUUCUAAAUCUAUUAGCAAAAUCAAACUUGAAGUUUGUCCAUCUUUUUCUUUUUUCCCCUUUUUUCUACAUCUCUUUGUGUGUGUGUGUCUUGUUUGUGUUUUUGUGCAACUUUUACUCUAUUCUCCAGGGCAUAUCGUUAUAAAUUUUUGGGUUUUUUUGGAGCUAACAAAGAAAAAAGGAAAAGCUAAAGUCUUCCCCCCAAAGUAAAAAAGUCAUUAUAAGAAAAUUAAAGAAAACAUUCUUGAAAUUUUCUUUUUUUUUUGGUUAGAUUUUCUUUAGUAGUUUUAAUCCAUAAAAGAUGCCAUUAGAAGGGGUUUCCAUUGAACCCCAAUCAACUAAUUCAAAGCCAAUUCCUGAUCUUUCUCUCAACAUUAGCCCUCCAAAUAGUUCAUCUUCUCCAUCUUGUAACAACAUCAAUGAAUUGCUAGCAACUUCUAGUUUCGAUCUCUCGAGUCGUUGUUGUACCAAUGAAGUGAGUGAAAAUCAUAGAAGAUUAGAGUUCGGUAAAGCAGGAAAUUGCCUUACUGAACUCUCGUUAGCUCAUCCAACCACCACCACAACCACCACCACAACCGGCACCAUCAAUGAUGAAACAAGAAGGGGUUUUUUAGACUUACCAAGAAACCCUUAUUACAACAACCACCAUAGUCAAAAUUAUAACCAUAUGGUGCAACCAAUGAAUCAAAUAAAUCAUGGGGUUUCUUCUUUAGAUGUAUCGGACGGUUUAAGACCUAUCAAAGGUAUUCCAGUGUAUAAUCACAACCGUUCAUUUCCUUUCUUGGCUAAUUUAGACAAAGAGAAAGAUCCAAAGAUGUGUUUUUACCCAAUGGCUUCAUCAUCUUCACCACUUUUUUCUCCUACAUCUUCUUCUCCUUAUAUUAAUACUAGGUUUAAUGGGAUUUCAUCUUCGUAUCAAGUGCCACAUCAUCACCUACAUCAUAGUCAAUAUGGUGUAGGAUUAGGGCAUUCUUCUCAUGAAACUGCAACUUCUCAUCAUAGUUUGAUGAGAUCAAGAUUUUUACCAAAACUUCCAGCUAAAAGAAGUAUGAGAGCACCAAGAAUGAGAUGGACUAGUACUCUUCAUGCCCGGUUUGUUCAUGCUGUGGAGCUUCUUGGUGGCCAUGAAAGGGCAACACCAAAGUCAGUAUUGGAGCUAAUGGAUGUGAAAGAUCUUACUCUAGCUCAUGUCAAAAGCCAUUUACAG